UGUGCGAACUAACGGCCAUUGGCGGUCCCAAGACGGAGAGCCUCGCGGCUGGACAAGAUGGAAAAGCCUCACGGCUCGGUGGUCUUCUUUUCAAGGCGUUUGAUUUCUUCGAUUUUUCUCUUAUUAAAACAGCGGGGGUUGUCUUGGUGCUUCACGAUUGCCUGGUUGGCUACCAUCGGGAGGCGUUGCGCAAUCUUCUCAAGCUCAAAAUACCCAUCUUUUCUACUGUGUACGGAAAACCCAAAGCUAAGCCUCGCGGCAUUGUACAUGAUCUAGGCACAUGGAUCUUGUUGGUAUAUUCGAGGUAUCUCUCGAGGUUAUGAGUUACGUCUCUUUUACUUGGUCUAUGAAUUCUUGCCCCCGCGACAGAUAUCUAUCCACCUAUGGGACGAACAUCGUUAUUUACCAAUCUUCAAUUGUACCAAAAAGUAUAGCAAUAUUCCGCUAUGAGUUCAUAAUACACUUUUGCCCAAAGGGCAUUUUCCACGGCACACACUGGGCGCUUAGCCAGGGGCGAGCGAGGCACACACACACUCUCUCUGGUUUCAAAAGCCCCCCCUUCGAAAUGAGGCAACACUCGAUCGCAACUGCGAACUACUUUGGGCACACAUGUUGGGCGACGAGCGCGCAUCAUUCGCCCGUUCUUUCGGCCAUUGCACCCUUGGCACUUGCUAUUCCUCUUGUCUCUUUCCCCGCUAGAGCCCGAUCCGACCUUGGACAUUGCUCGGUGAUGGGAGACUGGCGGUGGCCCCGCCUCUUGUUGACAUUUCCCCUUUGUCGGUGACGUCUCCGUCUCCGUGGCAUAGGGGCAACGCCAGGCGAGGAAUAGCAGAAGGG